AUGGUUCUGAGCACCCCUGAGGACACUCUGUGCUGUCCCAAGACCUCAACUGCAUCGACUCACCAUAGUCUACUGGUGCCACAGUCGGAGGUCCCCAAGGUUCCUGCAGAGAUGCUGAUCUCCAAGGCUCCUGCUGUGGAAACGGGGGCCUACAAGGCUCUUGCUGCGGAGACGCAGGCGUUCAAGGCUUCUGUUCCUGCCGCUGAGACGCCGGCCUACCGACCAUCUUCCAGUGCCUCUCCUUUUUCAGCCGACCUCACGGCCAUCCUCCAGAGGUUCUCCUUCUCCGCCGGCCUACCGGCCAUCCUUCAGAGUCUCUCCUUCACCUUCAACGUCAGCCUCCCAGCAGACAUCCGGAGGCUUCACUAUGUUUCCGGCCUCACAGCCAGCCUCUGGCCUCCAGAGACCAUCAUGUCUGAAGUAAGGCUUGUUCUCUUGGGAGACAGUUGGUCAGAAAAGAGCUCAGUCGGAAACUUGAUCCUGGGAAUGACUGGAUUUAUUUCAAGGGAAGAACCAAACUCCUCAACAAGAUUCCAAAAACCUCUUAAGGAAAAGAAGCUGGUUGUCAUUAACACACCAAAUCUGCUUCAUCCUAUGAUAUCUGAAGAAAAACUGAAAGGACAACCAGAAAAGUUUACAGAGGAACAGAAAAAGAGGUUCUUAAAAAUUCUUGAACUCUUUGGACGUGGUCUCAGGAUUAUGCUCUUUGGAUCAACACUGUCAACCAAGAAACAACUCUGUAACUUUAUCUUGGAGAAAACAAGUCCAGAGAUUUCAUCUCAUCAAGCCAAACUGGUUGAGCAGGGGUCAUGGAAAGGAAAGAUCUUAACUAUUGUAACACCUCCAGAAAAUCAGAUGGGAAAAGUCCAAAAAGGAGACCUGAGAAGCUGUCUUAAUCUUUGUCGUCCUGGACCAAAUGUUCUGCUGCUCUUAGUGAAUCCUUCAGACUUCACAGAGAAGGACAGACAGACCCUGAAAGCCACCCUGAGUUUGUUUGGUGAAGAGGCCUUUAAACACUCAAUGGUCAUCAUGACUAAAGAGGGAAAUGAAAGCAGUUUUCCUCUAAAUUCACUAAUCAGAGAAUGUGAAAGUAGAAAAUACAAACUGUCUGAAAAUAAUCACCAGAAGUUAAUGGAGAACAUUGAAGAUAUCGUGAAAAGAGGCAGCAGUGCCUUCCUUAGCAUCAAAGAGGAUGGAGCAGCAUCAACAUGUGACCAGUCACUGCCAUCCUUAAACCUGGUUCUAUUUGGGAGGAGAGGAGCAGGGAAAACCUCAGCAGCCAAGGCCAUUCUAGGUCAGACAGAUCUUCCUUUAGCCUCCAGCUCAUCAGAGUGUGUUAGAAACCAGGGAGAGGUUCGUGGACGUUGGGUUUCUGUGGUGGAGCUGCCUGCCUUGUAUGGAAAACCUCAGCAGGAAGUGAUGGAAGAAUCCUUCAGGUGUAUCUCCCUUUGUGAUCCUGAGGGUGUCCACGCCUUCAUCCUGGUCCUACCUGUGGGUCCCCUCACUGAUGAAGACAAGGGAGAGUUACAGACCAUCCAGGACACAUUCAGCUCUAGAGUCAAUGAAAACACAAUAAUCCUCUUCACUACAGAUUUAGAUCCUGAACAUCCAGAUGUGGUUAAGUGUCUUAAAAAAGAUAAGAACAUCAAAGAGCUUAUCAAGAAAUGUGGGAAGAGAAGCAUUGUCAUAAACAACAGAGAUAGGAAGAAGUUCUCUAAUGUAAUAGACUUUGUUGAAAAAAAGACACAAAGUUGCUACACAAUACGGACCCUCUUUGAAGCCUUCUUGAAUAAAAUCCUAAAACAGGAGAAAACAAUCACUGAACAACAGAGCCAACUUUCCAGUCUGUCAUCACAGACUGGGUUCAAAGAUAAAGACAAGAGGAUAAAUGAUCAUUCUGAGUUUGGCCUCAGGAUUGUUCUGAUUGGGAAGACUGGUUGUGGGAAGAGCUCUUCAGGAAACACUAUCCUGGGUAGAAAAGAGUUUAAAGCUGACGUAAGCCAAAUGUCAGUCACAAAGUGCUGUCAGAAAUCCCUGGGUGAGGUAGAAGGUCGUCCCGUUGCUGUGGUGGACACUCCUGGCUUGUUUGACGACAAUUUAUCCCACGAAAAGGUGCGUCAAGAAUUACUGAAAUGUAUCAGCCUUCUGGCACCAGGUCCACACGUCUUCCUGCUAGUGGUACCAAUUGGAGGAAGAAACACACCAGAGGAGAGAGAGACAUUAAAACUUAUUAAAGAAGGUUUUGGGAAGAAUUCUGAAAAGUACACCAUCAUGCUGUUUACCAGAGGAGAUAUGAUAAAAGAUAAACAAUCCAUAGAUGAUUAUGUAGAAAACAACUGUGAUGACUCCUUUAAAAAGAUUAUUGCCGACUGUGGGGGAUACCAUAUGUUUGACAACAACGACACCCAAAACCGAAGACAGGUUAUAGAGCUGGUCAGAAAGAUUGACAACUUGGUGGCUAAAAAUGGAUGCUUUACCAAUGAGAUGCUGCAAGAGGCUGAAACAGCCAUACAGAACCAAAUUCAGCUAAUCCUGAAGGAGAAAGAAGAAGAAAUUGAGCAAGAAAAGAAGAAGCUGGAGGAAAGACACCAAAAGCAAAUGGAGGAAAUGGAAAGAAAAAUGAAAGAAGAAAAAACACAGAAAGAAAAGGAGUUGAAGGAGAAGGAGGAAAAAAUUAAGGAGAUAGAGAAAAAACUUCAACAGAGUGAAGAAGAAAAAAAGAAAGAACAAGAACAGAGAAAAAAAGAAGAAGCAAAAUGGAAGCAGGAAAGAGAAGCUUUGAUGGGAAACCAACCGAAAGGUCAAUUCAAAACUCCUGAGGCCUUGGAGAAGGAGAAGGAAACUUUAAGGCAGAAAUGGGAAAAAGUCGACAAAAAGUUAAUUCUGAGUCUAAAACUGGAAGCUAUUGAUCUGACAACAUGGCAUCUGGAGGACAUGCCUGCUAUAACUCUAGACAGAGAGGAGUAG